CUGAAAUCCGUCGGGCUGUAUGGGCUCGGGGGAUUUUAUCGCGAUCGUAAACUAAAAUGGCUUGCAAUAUCAAGCCCAUGCACAAAAGCAAACAUUUUCCAAUAGACCAGCUAGUAUGUGUCGGCAACUACGAGCUGGAAAAGACAAUCGGUACUGGAAAUUUCGCAGUUGUAAAACUCGCCACACAUGUUAUUACUAAGAGUAAGGUCGCAAUAAAAAUAAUUGAUAAGUCGAGGCUUGACGAGGACAAUUUAAAGAAGACAUUCAGAGAAAUAGCAAUAAUGAAACGGUUAAGGCAUCCGCACAUCGUCAGACUGUAUCAGGUUAUGGAAAGUACACACACACUCUACCUGGUGACGGAGUACGCGCCAAACGGGGAGAUAUUUGAUCACCUAGUGACGCGCGGGCGCAUGCCCGAGUCGGAGGCGGCGCGCGCGUUCGCCCAAAUGGUGGCCGCCGUCGGCUACUGUCACGCGAACGACGUGGUGCACAGGGAUUUGAAGGCCGAGAACCUGUUGCUGGAUAGGGAUAUGAAUAUUAAGCUGGCGGACUUCGGUUUCAGCAAUAAGUACACGAAGGGAUCACCGCUGUCCACCUGGUGCGGGAGUCCACCCUACGCGGCGCCCGAGCUGUUCGAGGGACGCCAAUAUGAUGGGCCCAAGGCUGAUAUAUGGUCGCUCGGCGUCGUGCUGUACGUGCUGGUGUGCGGCGCGCUGCCGUUCGACGGCGGCACGCUCAGCGAGUUGCGCAGCGUAGUCGUCAGUGGCAAGUUUAGGAUACCGUACUUUAUGUCGCAGGAUUGCGAGCACCUCAUCAGGCACAUGCUGGUGGUGGAGCCGGAGCGGCGCUACACGCUGCAGGCGGUGGCGAAGCACCACUGGCUGCGGGCGCGCGCCCCCGCGGGGAAGGACGCCGACCUGUCGGCCGGCGAGUGCGGCUGUCACCCGGCGGGGGCGAAGCCCGAGGACUCCGCCGCGCACGACGCGGCGCUCUCGCACAUGCUCACACUGCCGGGGCUCAGCCACGGCCUUAUACAGCAGUCAGUCAACGAAGAGAGGUUCGACCAUAUAUCGGCGAUAUAUCACCUGCUGGUGGACAAGCUCUUGCAGAGGGACGACGGCGCACAAGCAGAUUCGUUAGAUUCGAACACGGGACUUCCGCUAGAUCUUACUGGGAAAAAGAGCGACUGCGGUGACGUGGAAAGCAUGGAGGCUGAGGAAACGCUGGCCUACCUCACCGGCGAUGGGCAGGAGCACGAGCUGGAAAGGCACGCGACGCGGCGCCACACCGUCGGCCCGGGCGACUGCCGGCACGCGCACGCGCAGGUCGGAGAGCUAUCGUCCUGUGGGGCUGCGUCAGCCGACCUCAGGCCUGCGCCCCUGUGUGCGUCCACGCACUUACAUCAGCAGGCGGCGGCGCGCGUGGCGCUGCUGCCGCACACGGACCUGGCGGGCAAGCUGCCGGCCGUGCAGCACCGCCCGCCGCACCACUUCAGCGUCAAGGACCAGCACCUGCUGAAGCCGCCGCAGGCGAUGCUGCACCACGCGUCGUCGUUCGGGCGUCGCGCGUCGGAUGGCGGCGCGCACGUGGGCCGCACGCACUCGCCGGCCUGCACGCACGCGCACCACGUAUCGGACAGCGGGACAACGAACCGGUCCGACGAUUCGGAGCGUACAGAGGAACAGACAUCCGAAUCGCAGUACAAUAGCAAUCUUUGCAGGUACAUGCUGAAUCGCGGAAGCAGUAAGCGACACACGAUGGCGACACCGGAGGACGCCGCCACCGUGUGCGCGUCCACAACCAUGGCAAGCACGUCGCCGUCAUCUUCAGCGAACAUUAGAGUGAGAAGAACGGGCUUACUGACUGUCACAGAGCGGCCACCGGUCAUAAGUCCGGAAUUAGUCAUGGAAGUCGAGGCGAGGAUGAAACGCAACUACCUGCCGCCGUCCAUACAAUAUAGCCCCGGCUAUUCGAGCCCGCCGCACUCGCAACCCUCGCAACCCCCGAGCCAGGGGUCGAUUACCGCGGGAACCCCCAACUAUAGCAAAUCCAUGAAGCCAGUGCUUGAAACGAUACCGCAGGGGAGCGUUAUGGGGUCGAUCACGUCUGGGACGCCCAUCGCGCAAGCUGUGACCCCGUUAACCCCCGCCAUGAACCCCCCGAGCACUGGGUCAAUAGUGUCCGGGACCCCGAUUAAUAUGGACCAGCUGUUCCCAAACUUUGGCUUCACCGCGAACAUGGGGUCCAUCACCAGUGGGACCCCGGUGCCUACGCUGACCGGUGGGAAUAUGGGAUCCAUCAGUGGGAAUAUGGGGUCAAUAACGAGUGGGACGCCGGUGCCGACACUGUCUAGUGGGAAUAUGGGUUCGAUAACCAGUGGGACGCCAGUGCCCACGCUGUCGAGCGGCAACGCGAUCCCCAGUGGGUCUAUAACGGCUGGGACGGCGAUGAGCUCGCAGUACACGAGGCACAGAAAGUAUUCGGGCCCGCAGCGGGUCAAAUUGCAAACGCUGGCCACGGUGCAAGAGAUGGCUCGCGAACACCCGGAGCGCUAUUCGCCGGUCCGUCGCGCGGAGUGCUCGCCGCCGAGGCAGACGCACGACAUCGCGUCCGCGAGGCUCGAGUACCAGCAGUUGCAGCGCGGCUUAGAACGAAGGUCGGGGCAGAGCGCCAGCGCUUCGCCUCUAGAACCGCGGUUGCAUGCGCCUGCGUCGUUACCUGGAUCACCGAUUCACACGGGCGCAUCACCACCUCUCGACCUGUCCGGUGAUCACACGAGAGACAGGGACUUAGCGCUCAAACUCGGUCUGAAUCUGAACAACCUGUACACCGCGCACAUGCCUCCGGACGUGCUGAAGUCCAUCCACUCGUACGGCAGCUUCGGCAGAGCCUCCCCAGCGAGCCCAGGCUCCCCGCUGCAUCAGAUCACCGAGGGGCUGAGCUACCUGCACACGGGCUCCAUCACCCGCGGCACCCCCCAGCCCAGCUCCACCCCUCUCGACCUGCGCAGCAACGUCGACAUGGAGACCAGCUACCCCCACUACUCCAACAUUGUCAGCAUCAGCUCCGGGUUCAGCGAGAACCGCGGCAGUUUCUCCGAGCAUAGGGAGUCCUUCUCCUUCUCGGACAGGGGCAGUUUUUCGGAGCGGGGUGACUAUGGUCGAUCCUCGUUCUCAGAGAAGAGCGACUUCGGCAGAGGCAGCUUCUCUGAGAAAGGCGAGACGCCCAGGUCGUCGAUCUCGGCGCAAGGUGUCCUCGGCGAGGUCAAGGAGUACUACGAGGACGUCUACAUGCCCAGGGAGGGGGAAAACGAACCGGCGAUCGACCAGAUCCAAAGGUCUACCAUGGACCUGAGGCUGACGGAGAUCUGCAGACCGGCGGAACAGAAGAUACCGAUUCUGCUCAACCCGCAGCAGAUUUCGUGCGUGCAGGAGUAUUACGAAGUGGCGCUUUCGACGGUUUGCUCGCAACUCGACUCGCACAGAAUCGUGGAGCUGCUGAUGGAGACCAUAAACACGCGGGUGCCGCCGCAGAACAUUUUCGUGGAGUCAGCAAAGAACAGCGACGAGGAGCUCAGCGGGUUCCUCAACCUGGAGUACUCCGGCGGCAUUCAGAUCGAGCUGGUGGUCUGCGAGGACAAAGCGAAGGAGAUGAAGGGUCUCAAGAUGAGGAGGAUAUCGGGCGAUCAGCGGGAGUACGGGAAGCUGUGCCAGCAGUUGAUCACCAGUUUGACAGUUUGAGGCGUUGUGUAGUGUGGUGGACGGAACCCGGAUUGAGUUCGCACUCAAACUCAAACUCCAGACAGUUAUUUGUUCAAGUAGACAUGUUUGAGGUGCAUUUUUGGUGGUCGGAAUACAAUGCGGGGACGCAAUUGUAAUAUGAAUAAAAGAGUUCAAACGCAACACGUAAUGUAACUUGAUAAAAAGCAAUAAUUUUUCGUUACGUUCGUAUUAAAAUGCAAUGUUCUCGAAUUUUGUCGGUGUACACAAUACAAUUGCAGUGGGAGUGAGAGAAGUUUUGUUCAUUGCCCUCUUUUUUAUCUUAAA